AUGGCAACUUUGCGAACAAAAUUGCGUGAACGACCCUAUCGCAAUUCCGGAUUGCAAAUGCACAUUCCAAAGGCCAAAGCGACAGUCAUUGCAGACACGCCCGAACUGAAGCGAAUAGCUGAGAAUACAAAAAUCCAAUCGAAUGUUAAAUAUCACGAAGACUUCGAAAAAUCCAAAGGCAAAUUUACACAGGUCGCCGAUGAUCCCGAAACAUUGCGAAUAAAGCAGAAUACAAAAAUCAUUUCGAAUAUUGCGUAUCAUGGUGAUCUAGAAAAGAAGGCCGCUAUGGAAAAGCAACGAGAAGCUGCCGAAAUAGCCGAUGUGCGAGAUUUAACUGAAAAAAUAUAUCAAAUAAGUCUCUAAAAAUUACAUGGAAAAAGCAUAUACAAUGGUGGAAAAAUAAAUAGGGACAAGACAUUUCAACCACUUUUUCCUAGUUUUCUUCUGUUUAUGUAAUAUUUAUUAUUUAUGCAAAUAUUAAAAAUUUCUGCGAAAUUGCAUCUACAUUCUCAAUUUUUUAAUCAGAUUUUUUAGAAUUUUGUAUGCAGUUUUAUAGCCCAUUAAAUUUUAGUAGAAUAAAGUG